ACCUACAUCACUUCUUCCGAUUCAACUCAUUCACAUUCAGGACGAUGCAGCAAAUCAAGAUCGCAGUGGCCCAAUUCCGUGGUGGGCAGUCCGUCGCUGCAAACCUUGCGACCUGCGUCCGUCUUAUGGGUCAAGCUUCCAAGCAGGCCACUCAGAUGAUAUUCUUCCCAGAGGCGUCCGAUUUCAUCGGGAACCCAAGUGACGAAGCAUGGGCGCUCUCACACCCGCUCCAUCUUUCAGGACCAUUUCUUGAAGGAUUAUGCGCAGAAGCCGAACAGCUCGGAAUCUGGUGUUCCGUGGGUAUCCAUGAGCAGAGUCCACACUUGGGCCGACUCUACAACACUCAUGUGCUCAUUAGCGACCAAGGAUCCAUCGUCGAAUCCUAUCACAAGAUCCAUCUCUUCGACGUCGAUAUCGCACAUGGUCCACGUUUGAUGGAGAGCAAGAAUACCGUUGCCGGCAAUAAACUCGUCCGCCCAGUAAGGACACCUGUUGGAAAAGUCGGUCUUGGUAUCUGCUAUGAUCUCCGGUUUCCGGAACUAGCAUUGGCGCUCAGGAGACAGGGUGCCGAGAUUUUGACGUAUCCUUCAGCGUUUACGAUCAAGACGGGGGAGGCGCACUGGGAGGUUCUUCUAAGGAGUAGGGCAAUCGAGACUCAGUCGUAUGUUGUUGCGGCUGCCCAAGUCGGACAGCACUCUGAGAAGAGGUUUAGUUAUGGACAUGCCAUGAUUGUAGACCCAUGGGGCCAAGUAGUUGCAGAGUGCGAUGGCGAAGAGGAAGGGAUUGCAGUCGCGCCUGUAGACCUUUCCAUGUUAGAGCGCAUCCGCACAGAGAUGCCUGUCAUGAACCAUAGACGAUACGAUAUCUUUCCAUAAUAGACAGUUUAUCUCAAAA